AUCUCUGGAUUGCACUGAAAGGCCGGUAGACAGUUCGGAUAAAGAACGUUUGGCAUUAUAAAAGUGGCAGUACCAGUGCAGUAGACAGUAGUCUUAAUUCAGUCGGAGAAAACAGCUAAAAUGUGGAAGGCUGUGACCCUGGUAGCGCUCUGUUGUGUUGCGGUGUAUGCCGCCCCGCAGAAACGUUUCUUUAUUCCGGGAUUUGAAGGAUCCGUGUUUGACACUGAAAUUCUCAAGUGCGAUGUACAACUUUUGCUCGACACCCUGGGUUCUGCGCCGACUGAGGCAGCGUGCGAAGGUGAAUGUCAACAUCUCAUAACGGGUGGUUCUAUCUUCUCAUAUGGAUGCCCUCUUAUUUGCCACUCGUUUGAACAUUUAGUCGCAACAUUGCACGAAACCCCCGCGCCAGGAGAGACGAGAGUCUGCGGAGGUAAAGCCACCACUCCCGCUGCAUAAAAAGUUCCCUAUGAUGUCAAAUAAUCGCCUUAAAUAGAUAACUGUAAUCCAUAUCAAAGCUUGUUAUUUUGAAAGUUAAACAUGACAACCUAUUAUAGAAUAAAAAGUAUAUAAUACAGAAAUGAA